GGAGAAAAGGAGAAAACCCUAUACAACAUUGAAAUUUUUCGGGGAGGAAAGCCUGUUCAAUUCGAUUACUAAAACACAGGAAAUGAGAACACUGAAUCAAGCUGAGGAAAAAUACCAACGUAUAACAAACAUCUAUACAAAUAUAUCUAAACACUGAAAAAGAAAAUCGCUAAGACAUGGCGCCCUGGAGAAGAGUCUCAUUGCUGUUAACCUGCGCGGUCUUCGUUUUUCUGAUGUUCAACCUGCCUUCCCGCCAAUCAGGAGUCGUCAGGGAGGAAGUGGGCGUGGCCAGGUCUGCACCCCGACAGAAAACCUCGACACACUUCGAGGCGCCAAAAACUCCCGAGGGUGUAACGGGUGUCGCUCCACCGCCCCCAGGAGUUGGAGGUAUACCUGCGUAUCCUGAAGGAGGGAGUAAGCAAGAGCAGGAAAAGAAGAAGGGGAAGAGAAGGAAAGACGAAGAAAAGCCACUGAAAGUGCUCAAUGGCCUCCUUGGGCUUCCGCUCUUGAAGGAUUACGUGAAAAAUCUCAAGGAAGGAUUGGAUGAGUUAUUCUACACUAUUAAGCCCGCCAGCCUUGGUGUCCCAGAGCUCGAGGUCAAAACGCUAAGCAAGGUCAACGAAAGCAGGUUCAUAGAGGAGGAGAUAGUGACGGAUGUGGUGACCCGUGGUGACCCAGAAACAGGUCAUUCGGAGCAACAGCGAAGGACAUACACGCUGCCGGGAUGCGGGUGUGUGAGGGAGGCGGCCGAGAGGGUCGCUCCUGGUCAUGUCAUUCUGCGCAGACUCGAGGAGGACCGUUUGCUGGUGCGUCGUGUGCCGAGGGUUAGCACCUGCAACCAGUUUGCAACCGCGAGGGGCCCCGGGCAGAAGGUGGUGACGUACAGCUACUAUGGCAACGCCUCCGACCAUCGCGUGUAUGACAGAUAUUUCUCGGAGAUUCCCAGGCGGGCCAAGGAGGUUGCUCAGCGAUAUCCAGGUUGGGUGAUGCGCGUGUACUACAAGCUCGAGCCGGGAGAUGGGCGUGGGCGGAGCGAGCUAUGCGCCGCCCACUGCGCCUUCCCACACCUUGACCUGUGCGACGUGAAUGACCUGCCUCCACCCUGGGGGGAUCUCCAGGCCUCGCAGCAGGUAGGAACAUUAUGGCGGUUCGUGACCUUCGCUGACCCGCUGGUCGACGUGGUCUUGUCACGUGACCUGGACUCGUACAUCCUGCCGCGGGAGGAGGGGGCCGUGAGGGAGUGGCUGGCCUCCCCCCUCCCCUUCCACAUCAUGAGGGACCACCCAUCGCACAAUGGAUAUGUGCUUGCGGGCUUAUGGGGCGCCAGGCUUACCCACGCACGAGCUCUCGCUUAUGACGCCGCGGCUGUGAUGGUCUCGCAGCCCUAUAGCGACAUCUGGGACUACGACCAGAGACUGCUGAGGCGCGUGCUGUGGCCCAAGAUUAAGGAGGACACGAUGAGCCACGACAGUUACACUUGCCGCGCGAAGGAAUUUCGUGGUCGGCGACAAAGCCCGCGGCCCUUCCCAACGCGGCGCGACGGCAGGAACUACACAGGAUUCGGAAGGACGAAGAUGGGCGUGGCAGAGAGCUUGCCGCCCUGCCCCGUUCCCUGCAGGCCACCUAGUCAUAUGGACUGGACUUUUUGCUAACCCCAGGACGAUCUCUUCUGUAUAUAAAAGAUGUCUUUCUGCUCCACACUUCUUUCUUAAUGACAUGAUUCAGAUAACCUGAUACC